AUGACGAGAACAGAGCGUAGGAGCUUGUCGCUGGACUUCGAUGGUGGAGUUCCUCCAGUUACGACUUCGCGGCCAAGCUCCCGGAGACAGUCAAUCUAUGUCCCCGAGGAGAUUUAUGGGGGCGCUAGCCCACGCCAUAGUAGGCGGAACUCAGUCUACUUUCCAGACCAUGGUGAUAACUUUUCAAAUUACAGAAUGAGCGAAGAUGGUUAUCACUAUGAUACGUCCCAUCACCCGGCCUCUUCAUCUUCAAGGUCGUCAUUCGACAGCAAUAUGUCACCGACCAUGUCACCGCGGCGGCAAAGCAUCAUGAAAAUUACGGAUAUUCUCAACACGGAAGGAAUUAGAGAGUACUAA